CAUAGCCCUAGGACGACCAUUGCUACCCAUGACGAUUAUUUACGUGGUUAUUACUAUAUUUCUUAAAGGGUGAACUGCUUGCUUUACAAGUUGAAUAAAACCGAAUUCGCUUUAAUCAAAUUAUAUUUCAUAAACAUAAUUCUAGUCUAAGGAAAUCGUCCUCGUCCUCUAUUGUUGAGAAAUUUAGCUGCAAUUGAACUUUUAUAAGCCUCAUUAAACCCUCGUCCAGUUCUAAGCGUCUUGCAAUUGAAACACUUUUGCUGAUCAUCCUUCUUUUUCAAUUGUUUUUUACAAAAGAUAAUUACUGAUAUGAGUUGCUAUCCAGUCCACAACAAUACUCCAGUUGCAAAACAAGUCGAUUCGAUCUACGAAAGUCAUCUUGAUCAAUUCCUUUCAGAAGGAGAAUAUAAAAAGUUUAAUCUUCCGCAUUUAUACGAUCAUCAGCGUAUUGACCACUCUAUUAAAGAUGUCGAAAAUGACCCCUCAAGGGGAUAUGUGAAUUUAAAGGUUUACUCGGUUCCCAAUUUGAAACGACCUAACGUUAAUGAAAUCAUUGGUAAAGUAGACUUCGAACAAGUUGCUUAUAAGGGAGACGUAUUUGGUCCUAGUUGGACUACCUUUUGGGUCCAAGUUGAAAUUCGUAUUCCUGAUGCAUGGUCGGAUUAUGAGCAAGUAAUCUUUGAAUGGGAUUGCGAUAAUGAGGGUCUAGUUUACACAGAAGAUCGUCAGCCAGCUCAAGCAUUCAGCGGCUCUGAAAGAACCGAAUACAUUCUUCCUGAACAAUGGCAACGGGAUCACAAUAUCCAUAUUUUCUAUAUCGAAAUGGCAUGCAAUGGGAUGUUUGGUUGCGGAUCUACCGACCAAAUUGCCCCACCUGAUCCCGAUCGUUAUUUUGUGCUCAAAAAAGCAGAUCUCGUAGUUCCUAAUUUACAAGCUCGAGCAUUGCGCUGUGAUUUCAUGAUACUACAGCAAAGUGCUAAGGAAUUCCCAUCAAGCUCUUGGCAAAAAUUCAGAGCAAGACAGCUCUGUAACGAAAUAAUGAAUAAAUUCCUCCCUGAGGAAGGUUCUUCUAUUGAAGAAUGUAGAUCUCUUGCGAAACUAUACCUUGGAGAGCAUAUCGACUCCGAAAACGUUGAAGAAACAAAUACUAAUCAAACAAAGGUGUAUGCAGUCGGUCAUUGUCAUAUUGAUACAGCCUGGCUUUGGCCUUUUGCAGAGACAAGACGCAAAAUAGUACGGUCGUGGACUACGCAAUUAAAUCUGCUGGAUAGGUAUCCAGAGUAUCGUUUUGUCUGCUCUCAAGCUCAGCAAUAUGAAUGGUUAAAAGAAGACCAUCCAGAAACCUACGAACGACUGAAGAAAUACGUUGCUAGUCAGCGUUUCUUGCCCAUUGGUGGAAGCUGGGUUGAACAUGAUACUAAUCUUCCUUGCGGUGAGUCUCUCAUACGUCAAUUCCUUUUUGGCCAACGCUUCUUCAAAUCUGAAUUUGAUAUUUAUUGCGACACUUUUUGGUUACCAGAUACAUUUGGUUAUUCUAGUCAGAUACCACAGAUUUGCCGUCUUGCUGGUAUGAGUAGGUUUUUGACUCAAAAGCUUUCGUGGAAUAACAUUAAUUCUUUUCCUCAUACUACUUUCAAUUGGGUUGCACUGGAUGGAUCUCAAGUCCUGUGUCAUAUGCCACCUGCAGAUACCUAUACGGCAGACACAAACGUCUCAGACAUAAUUCACUCUGUUUCUCAACACAAAAACUUAGCCAACGAUCAGGCUGGUCUACUAGUGUUUGGAAUUGGCGACGGAGGGGGUGGACCUACUCCUGAAAUGCUAGAAAAACUUCGUCGAUGUAAGGGAGUUGCUAACACAGUGGGACUUCUACCUGAUAUUAAAUUUGGAAAUUCGGUUGAUGAUUUUUUUGAUGGAAUCUUCAAACGCACGAGUAAUGCUGCAACAUUACCCUCAUGGGUAGGCGAGUUAUAUUUUGAAUUCCAUCGAGGUACUUAUGUGACACAGUCAGAACUUAAAUCUGCAAUGAGAAAGGCAGAGUUUUCACUCCAUGAUUUGGAGUAUUUUGCUACUCUGGCCUUUAUUCGCAUUCCUAAUUUCAAAUAUCCCUUUCAAGAAAUCAACCAACUAUGGAAAACAACUUUGUUAUGUCAAUUCCAUGAUGUCCUUCCUGGAUCCUGUAUUCAAAUGGUUUAUGACGACGCGAUACCUAUGAUGCAGAACGUCUUCCAGUCAUCGGAAAAAUUGAUCAAAAAUAUUCUAGAUCAGUUAGGAUUCAGACAAAUCACAAAUCAUAAUAUUUUGCCCGAUUACCUUCUAAGCACUUUACCUUGGAAUGUAGGAGGUGUCGUGGACGAAAGUGUACAAGCGAGUCCUGUAUCCUUUUAUGAAGCAAAUAAAAACCCAAAUAUUUUAGCACGUUCAGAUAACACAGUUAAACAUCCAGCUCGAGCCUAUGAGUCAAAUGGAUGCUUGGUACUUCGCACGGAUAAGCUUUUAGUUCGAAUUUCCAAAGCUGGGUUAAUUAAGAGCAUUCACGAUUUAGAGAAUGACAGAGAAGUUCUCGAUCUAAAAUCCGGGAUUAACAAAACUGGUGCCAAUCAGUAUGUAAUCUUUCAGGAUACUCCUUUGAGUUUUCCAGCUUGGGACACUGAAAUUUUUUCGCUAGAUAAAUAUCGACUCCUUACAGAAGGGAAGGCGCAACUUUAUGAAACAGGACCUCUUAAAGCCUCAGUACUCGUAGAAACUCCUAUUAGUGAAAAUAGCAGUAUAAAAACCAUCAUUUCAUUGUCAGGUUUUAAUAAUGAUGCUGAUCGUCCAAGUGUCGACUUCUCUUGUGAAGUUGAUUGGCACGAAGAUUACAAAUUCUUAAAAGUCGAGUUUCCUGUGGACAUCCAUGCGGAAUAUGCUAGCUACGAGACUCAGUUUGGUAUCACACGCAGACCCACGCACUAUAACACGUCCUGGGAUAUUGCAAAAUUUGAAGUGUGUCAUCACAAGUUUGCGGACUAUUCCGAGUAUAAUUAUGGAGUCUCUAUAAUGAAUGAUUGCAAGUAUGGAUUUUCUGUGCAUGGGAACUUAAUGCGACUCUCAUUAUUAAGGUCUCCAAAGCAACCGGAUGCUCAUGCUGAUAUGGGUAAGCAUUACUUCCGUUAUUCACUUUUGCCUCAUAAAGGUGGACUUAGUCCAGAAAUCGUAAGAGCAGCUUACAAGCUCAAUAGUCUCUUUAGAUUUGUCAACAAGAAUUCUAUUGAGACAAAUACAGAAGCUUUGGACUUUAUCCGAGUGGAAGGUGAUGAAAGCAUAAUUUUGAGUAACGUCAAGAAAGCUGAGGAUGAGAAUGCCAUUAUUAUUCGUAUUUAUGAGUCAUUAGGAGGUAAGUCCAGAUGCAGAUUGACAUUGAGAAAUUGUGGAAUUAAGAGCGCUACCAAGUGCAAUAUUUUAGAAGAAGACAUAGGGCAAGUCAACUUACAAAAAGAUGAAGCUGAUUGCUCCUUGCAGAUUGAGCUAAGGGCUUUUGAAAUAGCAUCAUUUAAACUGACUUUAUAAAUUUACGAAUUAGAUGAGCCGAAUAAGAUUGUUAUGAU